CAUAGAACCAGGUCCUCUAUACGGAAAACUCGGCGAAGCUUACGUACACCGGCAGACGGUUCUCCGUAUGGAGAAAAUAUUUAGUGGGAAACCCGAAUGCACGGGUUGAGUCUUGGCUUCCAAUUCAGUCCAAAUACGCCGCUUUGUCCACGACUUGUUCAUGAGUCAAUGGCUAGCGAGGUGUCAACCUCAGCGCAAAUUUCGCAAAUUACGUGCUUUGAAAAUUCUACUUAAAUAUGAUAUUCCAUCAUAAGCGUUAUGGAGGUGUCGCGAAUAAACCAUUCCGUGUCAGAGAUCGUUCGACACCCUGUACAAGAUCGUCUUUUUGUCCUGUAGCUCCUUGUUGAAGUGCAACUGAGACAUCACGAUGGUUGCUGAUAUAGAAUCUCGGGCUGGCAUAGCCUCAGCGAAUCGCCCAAGCACCGAUAACCCACCCCAUUCUUACGGGAGCCCCCUUGACAGCUCUAUCGACACUGAGAAACUUGGGAGGAGCAGGCCUGAUGUCUUUGCCAAUGGAUGGAUGGAGAUAGGCUUCUGUGUCUCCGUCCUCGGUUCGAUGAUGAUGGCGGAGUUCCUUAUUAGUGGUUUUAGUGUGCUACUGCCAGUACUUAUCGAGGAUACUGGUAUCGACCCAAACCAGAGAACUUGGCCUGUCACUGUCUUCUCCCUCGUCACCGGCUCAUUGCUAUUACCUUUCGGUCGCCUUACCGAUAUGUUUGGCGGCUUUUCAAUUUACUUCGGCGGGAUAGCGUGGCUAAUGGUAUGGGCACUGAUUGGUGGCUUCAGCCGUACUUUACCAAUGGUCCUAGCGACUCGAGCUCUACAGGGAGUAGGAGCAGCUGCUUUCUUACCUGCUGGCACCACCUUACUAGGAACGACCUAUCGUCCCGGCCCGCGGAAGAAUACUGUCUUCAGCUUAUAUGGAGGUUGCGCACCGCUUGGGUUCUUCUCCGGCAUUAUUAUUGCUGGUGUCGCUGGCGAGUUUCUGUAUUGGGGUUGGUUCUUUUGGAUUGCCUCUAUACUGUUAGCCGCUUUGUGCACUAUCACGUACUUCUGCGUUCCCCGCGAGUUGAAGCGAGGUGAUUGGUCUUCAAUGGAUUGGUGGGGAUGUCUUACCAGCGUGUCGAGCUUGAGUCUACUCACAUAUGCCAUCACCGAUGCUUCUCAUGUCGAAGGCCAUUGGGCAUCGCCCCAAAUUAUCGUCACGUUCAUACUUGGAAUCAUUGCUCUUGUAGCAUUCAUCUAUGUGGAGGGAUGGGUUGCGGAACGACCUUUACUGCCCCCAAGCUUGUUCGCGAUCAAGUAUAUCGGUCCACUCUUCCUCGCCCUUUUCUUCGCAUGCGGAACUUUCGGGAUAUACCUCUUUUAUGCAAGCUUUUAUAUUCAAACGGUUCUUGAGAUCCCGCCCCUAAUCGCUGCGGUGUGGUUUGCUCCGAUGGCCGCAGGUGGAAUUAUCAUCGCCCUACUAGGUGGACUUACACUCCACCGCCUCCCCGGCACUAUACUAUUCCUUGUAUCUGGGGUGGGUUAUGUGCUGUGCGCCCUUCUGUUCGCUUUGAUGCCUGAGAACCCCAAUUAUUGGGCGUGGGUCUUCCCGGCAAUGGUAUGCACCACUAUAGGCAUCGAUAUCAGUUUCAAUGUUGGUAGUAUUUUCAUCACUACGAGUGUUCCAAAAGAUCAACAAGGCCUGGCAGGAGCGUGUAUUAAUGGGCUAGUGUUUUUGGGAAUCAGCUUUUUCCUCGGCUGGGCCGAUUUUGCGGUCGCAAGCAACUCGAGUGACGGGCUGGGGCAAAGUUACAAAGUGGCAUUUUGGUUUGCCGUCGGAUGCGGGGCCAUGGUCAUUAUUCUAGUCCUGGGCUUUAUCCGAAUCGGCAGGGCGAAGAGUGAUCUGACAGUAGACGAGAAAGCCCAGCAACGGGAGCCUGCAUAUGGUGACAGCGAGCAAGCGAGACAAGAAGCGGCCAAUCCCGCAUGAGGGAAU